AUGGCUCGACAGAAGUAUUUCUGGGGACUGCUUCAGAGUGGAUGUGUUGCAACGACUCCAACUACUUUGUUAUUUGGGUACGUUUUUCUCCUCAUUCCACUACAUCUGUAUAGCGGUUACAUUUUUCAUUCAUCUGCUCUAUCUCUCUCUUCCUAUUCUUAUUUUGUGCGUGUUCUAAAUCGUUCCUACAUUCGCCGUACCGUUUCUCCAUCCACCAACUAUCCCCGUUUCUUCCAAACCCUAACCCCCAAAACCAUUACUUCCACCAUCGUUUCUUCCUCUCCCACAAAACGGAAACGAAAGGUAGGCGACUCUGCUCCACUUGAAGAGGAAUACAAACAGUGGGUGAAGGACGCCAAAGCUCUGAAACUAGCUCAAAUGAACAGAAAAAACAGGGUUGAUAACUUCAAGAGUGCUUCUGAAUUAAGGCCAACAAAAACCGACGGUGUAGAUUUGUCCGUGGAAAAUCCAUGCUUUGUUUGCAAGCUUGAUGUCUUUGAUACCGACUCUGGUGAUCACAAGGUUAGAGUCUGCAGAGAGAAGAUUACCGAUCAUAAUCAGUUUGAAGUUGUGGGAAACUUGGGGCUGUAUGGAAACGCAACACGUAUCGACAAUUACUUCCACCAAAUAGUGUUUUCAUUCUGUUGUGUGCAGAGUUCCUGUUUUGGAAGUAGUGUUUCCAUCCUGUUUCCAGUAGAAAGAUUAUGUUGCUCAGCGUCCCAUGCCUCUUGUGUUCCGUAA